UUAGCAGGGCAGCUGCUUUGGGCACCUGAAGGGACUCCCCCGGAGGAAGUGGGUGUCAGGCACGGAGCGAGAGCCAGGGAGUCUGUCUGAGAAGCUCCCGCAGCCGACAGCAACAGCAGCAGCCGCCGCCGCCGCCGCCGCCGCAGCCUCAAUCUCUGGCUCCCUUCCCUCCUUUCCUUGGCAUAGACUUUGCCAGCUUGCGAGUGAUUCAAACAAGUGGCUCUAGCAUCACUUUGGAGUGGUGGCUCUGGCAAACCAAGCUCCGCUUCCAAGCUCUGGCUUUCCCGUUACUGCUCACUAUCUUCCACUAGCUCUCCCCCCCACCCACACCCUGCUUUAAAAAAAAAAAAAAUUGAGGAUGAAAUAAUGUUGACAUGCCUUGAAUUAUUAAGUAUCCCCUGGAUUUUAUUAGCACAUGAUGCCUAAAUGCUGCCUGUAUCUGGUGGGGUCUUAACCGGGCGUGCAGAGGAGCGGCACACACAGCGGCACAGGGAGCGGCGGGCAGCUCUGACAGCUGGGCUUGUGCAGAUAAGCAAACGGAAGCACCAGAAGAUCACUAGUGAGACAAGAGGCAAGCUGCGUUCGGGAGCUUCUGAGAGACUGGGGCCCGAUUCCCCAGUCCUCCUCCUCCUCCUCCUCCCUGGUUGGGUUUACUAAUUUAGGGGCGUCCUGCAGCAGCCAGGGGUGAGCGGCCGGUGCGGGGCACCCCAGGCUUCCACUGCCUCCCCUCACUGGGGGGGUAGCGUGCUGCCUGGUGCCUCGGCACAGAUGCCGAUUGAGAUUGUCUGCAAAAUCAAAUUUGCAGAGGAGGAUGAGAAGCAGGCGGCGAAAGAGGAAGGGGACAAGGAGAGCUUGCUAGAGGAACCUAGCCGGCCACACCAUCGUGACCUGGCCGCCUUUGCUGGCACCAGCACCCUGCACGGCCUGGCCCACAUUUGCCGCUCAGGGCAGCUGGGGGUCCGACAGGCCCUCUGGGCACUUGCAUUUGUGGCCUCUUUGGCCUUUUUCCUGUAUCAGGCAGCCCGGUCAGCACUCUUCUACCUGGAGCAUCCGCAUGUCACCACCCUGGACGAGGAGGCUACCCAAAAGAUGGUCUUCCCAGCCGUCACCAUUUGCAACAUCAACCGCUUCCGUCAUUCGGCACUUACAGAUGCCGAUAUCUUCCACCUAGCCAACAUGACUGGAUUGCCACCCAAGGACCGUGAUGGACACAAGGCCUCUGACCUGCUCUAUCCUGACCCAGACAUGGCCGACAUUGUCAACCGCACUGGGCAUCAACUCGAUGACAUGCUGAAGAACUGCAGCUUCAGCGGUGAGAAUUGCUCUGCGGAAAACUUCACAGUGGUCUACACACGCUAUGGGAAAUGCUACACAUUCAAUGGUGACCGAAACAAACCACGCGUGACUCGCCAGAGUGGGAUGGGGAACGGGCUGGAGAUCAUGUUGGACAUCCAACAGGAGGAAUAUCUGCCCAUCUGGAGAGAAACCAAUGAGACAUCAUUUGAAGCUGGAAUUCGGGUACAGAUCCACAGCCAGGAUGAGCCACCCUACAUUCAUCAGUUGGGAUUUGGAGUCUCCCCUGGUUUCCAGACCUUUGUUUCCUGCCAGGAGCAACGGCUGACAUAUCUGCCCCAGCCUUGGGGGAGCUGCCGGGCCAGCGUGAAGGAAGAACAGAUCCUGCCUGGCUAUGAGAGCUACAGCAUUGCUGCUUGCCGGCUGUUGUGUGAGAAAGAGGCUGUGGUGCAAAAUUGCCAGUGUCGCAUGGUGCAUAUGCCAGGCAAUGAGACCAUCUGUUCACCCAACGUCUACAUUGAAUGUGCUGACCACACACUAGAUACAGCCAUUGAAGAUUCCCAGGAACGCUGUAUCUGUCCCACGCCCUGUAACUUGACUCGCUACGGCAAGGAGAUUUCCAUGGUGCGCAUUCCCAACAAGGGCUCAGCCCGGUACCUUGCUCGCAAAUACAACCGCAAUGAGACCUAUAUCCGGGAGAACUUCUUGGUGCUGGAUAUCUUCUUUGAAGCACUGAAUUAUGAGGCAAUUGAGCAGAAGAAGGCAUAUAAUCUGGCAGGGCUUCUGGGGGACAUUGGAGGCCAGAUGGGCCUCUUCAUUGGGGCCAGCGUCCUAACCGUCUUGGAAAUCCUGGACUACAUCUGUGAGGUGAUCCGUGACAAGGUGGCCCAUGGCUUACGGCGCCCCAAACCUCCCCUGAAGAAGCCUUCGGGCAGCAUUGCCACCCUGGGACUGGAGGAAAUCAAGGAGCAGAGCUCCUGUGAGACCCUGGGCCAUCACUCCGAGGGCACCUACCCCACAGGCCUCCUGCCUAACCACCAUCAUCGCCACCACUACUCACCCCAGGGGGUCUUUGAAGACUUUGCUUGCUAGUCCGACUCGUGCACCCACUCC